UUGCAACAAAAACUUGGGUUUUAUCGAUGAGAGGGAGACAAUCAUUGGCUGAAAUUUUGAGGAAAUGUUCGCGAAAUUCGUUAUACGAUGAAGGAAGGCAGGUACAUGGAAGGGUUUUCAGAAUUGGUUAUGAAGUCGAUUUAAUGAUAAAUAACGACCUCAUAGAAAUGUACAGAAAAUGCAGCAGGGAAGAAAAGGCACACAACGUGUUUGAUAUAAUGCCUGAGAGAAACGUCGUCUCUUGGUCUGGUUUGAUGUGUGCGUACCUGCAAUCAGGCAAUGCCAAGGCUUCAUUACUGCUCUACAAAGAGAUGGGACUUUCGCAUGUGAGGCCGAAUGAGUAUAUUUUGUCGACAAAUGUGAAAGCGUGUGCGUUGUUAAGCGCUCUGCAAAGUGGGAAACAGAUUCAUGCCGUGUGCAGUAAAACCGGAUUCAGAUGGUACCCUGUUGUUGGAAACUCGAUCGUUGAUAUGUACUUCAAAUGCGGGAGAAUCGAAGAAGCUGAAAAGGUGUUCGAAGAAAUGCCAAUUAGAAGUCUCAUUACAUGGAAUGCGAUGAUAGCAGGAUAUGCAUCCCUACUAGAAAGUACGUCGUGUAAAAAGUCUCUGCAUUUUGUCAAGAAAAUGCAGGAAAGUGGAGAAACCCCCGACGAGUACACGUUCUCGAGCAGCUUAAAGGCUUGUAGUAUUCUUGGAGCAAUUCGAGGGGGACGACAAAUCCACGCGUUUCUAAUAAGACAAGGCGUAGACUCAAUUUCCACUCACGAGAUUCUUUCUGGUGCAUUAGUCGAUUUUUAUGCUCAAUGCGGAUGCUUACUCGAAGCGCGUGCAAUUUUCACUCAAAUGGAACGAAAAAGUUUGAUAUCAUGGACCGCUCUAAUGGUAGGCUAUGCUCGAAAGGGAUAUUUAAAAGACGUUGUAACCUUGUUCAAGCACCUCAUGAGAAGCAAUAUUCCUCUCGAUAGUUUCGUUCUUUCGAGUAUAACUAGUGCCUUUGCAGAUCUUUCAAUGGUGGAAUUGGGAAAGCAAAUUCACUCCCACGUUAUAAAAAACCCAUCAAAUUCGAACACUUCGGUGGAGAAUUCGAUCUUGAAUAUGUAUCUCAAGUGCGGUUCGACAGAGGAGGCUCGAAAAGUCUUUCGCAGUAUGCGUGCGAAAAACGUUGUCUCGUACACUGUAAUGAUCACAGGAUACGGCGAGAACGGUUUCGGUAAAGAAGCGGUUCGACUUUUCGAGGAAAUGGAAGUGGAAAAUAUCGAGCCCGAUAGUGUGACAUAUUUGGCUGUGCUUUCGGCUUGCAGCCACUCGGGGCUUGUGGAGGAAAGUCUAGAUUUUUUUUCGAGAUUGUGCGAUGAUCGAAGGGUGAAGCCUAGUGUGGAGCAUUACGCCUGUAUGGUCGACGUGCUCGGUCGAGUGGGGCGUUUGGAAGAAGCAAAGGAGCUUAUAGAGAAGAUGCCUUUGAGGGCUAAUGUGGGAAUUUGGCAAACUUUGCUUAAUGGUUGUAGGUUGCAUAAGAAUGUUGAAAUGGGGAGACGAGUGGGAGAUGUUUUAUUGAGAUUGGAUGGAGAGAAUCUUGUGAACUAUGUUUUGAUUUCGAAUAUGUUGUCUGAUAAUGGGUUUUGGCGGGAGAGUGAGAGAUUGAGAGAAGUGGUGAAAGGUAAAGGGUUGAAGAAAGAAGCUGCAUGUAGCUGGUAGAAAUUCGAUUAAACUUACGAGAGAUGUAAACCAGACUACGCUAAUCAAGCGUGACUAGCUCGACUUAGUAAUCGUUGGCAACGAAAUUCGAAUCUGGCUCAAUUGAUACAGGUUGACUUGCUCUAGAUCAUCCCUUGCAGGACUUAUCUUAUUGAAUACUUUUUUGGUUCUAAAUGCAAUUAAAGAUCAUAUCAUUUGUAUGAAGAAAGUGUUA